UCCUGGAAAUUAUGUGCAUUCAGAUUUAAAUACAUAAAUUCCACUCCUCUUAAAUAGGUUCUUAUGGUAUUUUCUGUUUUGUGGUGGUAAUGUAAAGAUUUAAGGUGUUUUAUGAAUCUUUAUUUAAAAUACAGUUGGGAGCGUCAUGGAAAAGUUGAGGAAGGAAGCACCACCAGUAGCUGUUUUGGAUUCUUGAUGACAGAGUGAGCAAAGAAAAAAAAGUCACUCCUGAUUUGCCUCCUGACUUUGAGAGAGCAGACUAGCUUUAUUUGAGGGACAAAGCUGCAGCCCUGAAAGAUGGAAAUGCUGGUGAGAGCAGCCGUGCUUGUAAGCCUGCUUCUGUUCUGCAACGCUCUCCUGGACCUGAUGGGCCCCAAUGAGAUGGAAGGCGUAUGGAAGGGGUCUGCUGUCCUGCCAUGCACCUAUGUGCCUGGGGAGGACUUUGUGCAGCACACCCUCACGUGGUCUGUAGUGCAUGACCAGAGUUCUGGUACUGUCUUCCGGAGGGAUGCCUCUGGGGAUCAUGUUCUCCUGUCUGAGUACAGAAACAGGGUUGAAGUCCCAAAGAACCUGCCGGGAAAUGUGUCUCUCCACAUCCUGAAACUGGAAAUCUCUGACAGGGGAACCUACACUUGCCAUGUCACCUGGACAGCCAGCAACAACAGUCUGAUAGCAAAAGAGAUCAGCACUAAAGUUGAGGUUGUCAAAGUGCCAGCAACCAAGCCCAUCAUCAGGGCCGGCGCGCUGGGGCUGACGGUGCCAGUGGGAGCCAGGACCAGCCUGACCUGCGUGGCCCACGGCUCCCCACCCAUCAGCUACCGCUGGUUCCGGGCAGUGCCAGGGGGGACAGCCCUGCCGCUGAGCAGCCAGGCCGAGCUGACGUGGGACAGCCUGCGGCCUUCCGACGCGGGGACAUACUACUGCGAGGCAGAGAACAGAGUCGGGGCAGGGGUGGUGCAGCGGAGCGAUGCCGUGGAGCUGGUGGUGAGAGGGUCCCCAGUCACACAGCCACCCACGCCUGGGACCAGCCGGCACACAGGACCCCCACUCCCCUCAGAAGGCAGCGAAGCUCCCCAUGCGCUGGGAGAUCUGUCCACAGCAACGCUGUCCGCCAGGAAUGAUGUCGUUUCAGAGAGGGCUCCCGCUGCCACAGAUCCUCCCUCUCAGAGUGACAGUGGGAACCUCAGGAGACGUACAGCCCAACCACAGGUUAGGGGGCAGCAGUUACAGCUGACAGCAAGGACAGUGUCAGAUUUGCCCGUAACAGCAGUGAAUACUGAGAAAGGUGUGGGUUAUACGGGAAAGAAUUACACAACUCAGAGUCUCCAGAAGACUCACCUGUCUCUGUACAUGGUCAUCCUGAUUGCUGUGUUGUGUAGCGCUGUGGUUUUCCUCGUCAUUUUCACUAUUGUUUGCAUUAGAAAGCCCAAAGAAGCUCAAGUCUAUGAAGUAGAACACUCUAACUCAAUGAAAGCAGGGGCUUCUUCAAGGUAUGAUAGUGUGGCUCAUUAUGAGGAACCACUCUCCUCUACUGAAAACAACUAUGUGAUGGAACCCAUGAAAAAUGAAAGAAAUAAAGAAAAUGAAUAUAAGAAUGUUGGAAACACCCAAGAAUCUGAAUAUGAAGUAGGGGAUUCUAAAUGAGAACCAACUGUUUUCUACAUGUAGUAAUCCUGAAGAGUACCUUAAUCUAGACACAAUCUUUGCACAAGCUGGUUUUACUCCUUUAUGAAUAAUUGGAGCCUUAAUAAAUAAAUAAAUAAAUAAAUCUCUGUAGUUAAAA